AUGACUGACCACGAAGAGAAUAAGGAAUUGUAUGAGAAGCAGAAGAAUUGGGUACCAUUAGAAGCCAAUCCAGAUGUGUUGACAUCCUUCAUGCACAACUUGGGCGUGCCUGUUGAAUGGGAGUUCUGUGACAUCUAUGGAAUUGACAAAGAACUAUUAGACAUGGUCCCAAAGCCAUGUGUUGCAGUUAUAUUACUCUUCCCAAUUACAAAGAGUUAUGAGAUACAGAGAUACAAGUUACAGAAUGAGAUAGAGGAGAAGGGACAACAUGUUAGUGACAAGGUAUACUUUAUGAAGCAGUAUAUUGGUAAUGCAUGUGGAACUAUAGGUGUCAUCCACUCUGUUUUGAACAAUGCCGAUUCGAUCAAGUUCAACGAAGGAUUCUUUAAGAGCUUCCUCCAGACAACCUCCAACCUGAGUGUUGACCAGCGCGCCAAUGCACUAGCGCACAACUCAGAGAUCGAGAGAACACACGAGAUCUCUGCCCAGCAGGGUCAGAGCAACGUGCCCGACCAAGACGACCCUGUCAUCCUGCAUUUUGUAUCAUUCGUCAAUGUUGAUGGCCACCUCUAUGAGCUGGACGGAAGGAAGCCAUUCCCAAUCAACCAUAGCACAACAAGUGAUGAAACAUUCUUGGAAGACGUUGGCGAGGUGCUCCAGAUGAUGAUUGAAGAGAAUCCAGAGGAGAUCAGAUUCAAUCUCAUGGGUCUGGUAAAGAGUCAAGUAGAUGAGGAUGUUGUUGAUGAUGAGGACGAUCAAAAGAACGCGACUACUACGACGACGACGACGACUGAGGAGAAGAAGUGA